AUGCUUCCUGGAGGCAGCGGUGAGACAUUCUACUUCACGCGAGGCACAGUUCACGAAGCAGCGAGGGACAUUGUACAAAAGCAGAAAGAAGACGACGCAUUCUUUGUCGGCGACGUCAGAGACAUCGUCCGGAAGGUGGAGCUCUGGCGCAAGUGUCUGCCACGUGUAACGCCUUUCUACGCCAUAAAGACAUGCGGAGAUCCCGUUAUCAUUGCGGUGCUAGCAUCCCUGGGAGUGAACUUUGAUUGUUCAAACACGAACGAAAUGAGGGCGAUUCUUGAUAUGGGUGUUGAACCCGAUCGCAUCAUUUACGCCCACACCAUGAAAAGCACAUCUCACAUGAAGUUCGCUGAAGAACACGGCGUCACGCUGAUGACUUUCGACUGCAUCGAGGAACUGCACAAGGUGACGGACAAGAGGGCCAGGUUGCUUCUUCGAAUAAAGGCCGACGACAGAGGCUGCCAAAUAUCGUUUAACCGAAAGUUCGGCGUCUCCGUGGACGAUGCAAGACAUAUAUUGGAGACAGCCGUUGCGCUUAAUAUCAAAGUUAUUGGAGUCACGUUUCACGUGGGAUCUGUCUAUGAACACCCGGAUAUAUUUCGCCGCACAAUAGAGAUGGCCAGGAUUGUGUUCGACAUAGCGGCAGACAUAGGAAAACCCAUGACGGUGUUGGACCUCGGAGGUGGUUUUCCGGGCGGAGUGCGCAGCCACCAUAAGAUUAUACAGGCCUGCGAGAUUGUCCAGCGGGCAAUAGAUGAACACUUCCCGGUCACGAGCGGCGUGCAGAUCAUUGCGGAGCCAGGCCAAUUUUUUUGCACAUCAGCGUACUCCCUCGUCGUCAGGGUAGUCGGCAAGAGACGCAGCGACGUGCUAAUCGAUGGAGUAUCUCGUCGACAUGAGGACGUGUUUCUGAAUGAGAGCAAGGACAACUGCAUUUCCCGCUAUAUGUACGACUUCUUCGACAUGAGGAUAACGCCGUUAGAGGAGCCUCGGGAGAGGCCCAUGGACGUGCUGACCACACUGUGGGGUGGCACGUGCAAUCCGCUCGACCGCAUCGAUUCUAUGAAGCCCUUCUUCGACGUGGAUGUCGACGAGUGGCUUGUUAUGGACAACAUGGGCGCCUACACUUUCAGCUUUGUCUGCGGCUUCAACGGAACCGGAUUCCCCACUGUUCACUACAUAGCAUCACCGUCGACCAUUGAUCUGGUACGCAGAACUGUCGAACGUUCUCCCGUACGCAGUGGCUACAUCCAGCCACAGGAAGCUCUCAAGGUCAGGCUGUCGCGCGACAAACAAGAACUCGCCAACGGGAAAAUUUAUACAGCUUUGUGA